AUGGAAGCCGACGAGCAGCUAUUCCCCAUCGCGAUCUUGAUCGACGAGCUCAAGUCGGAUGAUGUCACACUCCGACUCAACGCCAUCCACCGCAUCUCCACUAUCGCCCUUGCGCUUGGCCCCGAGCGCGCCCGUGACGAGCUCAUCCCAUUCCUUCAGGACUCGCUCGAUGACGAAGAUGAGGUCCUCCUCGCACUCGCGCAGGAGCUUGGCUCCGGAUUCGUAGAGUACCUUGGUGGGCCAACAUAUGCGCAUCUCCUCCUCGGACCGCUCGAAAACCUGGCUGCGGUCGAGGAGAGCGUCGUUCGCGAAAAGGCGUCCGAGUCGAUCGUCAAGAUCGCCGAAGUUCUCUCCGAGUCCCAGAUCGAGGAGCACUACAUUCCGCUCUUGAAGCGACUCUCGGGCGGAGACUGGUUCACCUCGCGAACCAGCUCCACCUCGCUCUUUUCUGCCGUCUACCCCAAGUCCAAACCAGACACACAAGAGGAGCUCCGAAAGAUGUUCACCGCGCUUUGCAACGACGAUACCCCCAUGGUCCGACGAGCCGCCGCCCGCGACCUUGGGCCCUUUGCCAAGAACCUCUCCAAGGAGCUCGUCGUCUCGGACAUCAUCCCCCUCUACCGAAAACUCUCUUCCGACGACCAGGACUCGGUGCGUCUGCUCACCGUCCAGGAUCUCAUCGCCAUCGCCGAGUCGCUCAGCCACGACGAGUCCAAGAACUACCUCCUCCCUUCCAUCCGCAGCGCCGUCCAGGACAAGAGCUGGAGGGUCCGCUACAUGGUCGCCGACCACUUUGUCAAGCUUGCCUCCGCCGUCGGCGAGGACGUCGUGCGCGACGAGCUCGUCAUGGCCUUUGUCCAUCUGCUCAAGGACAACGAGGCAGAGGUGCGCACCGCCGGUGCUGGCCAGAUCCCCGGCUUUGCCAAGCUGGUCGAUCAGGACAUCAUCCUGGCGCGCCUCAUGCCCUGUGUGCGCGACCUUGCGGGCGACAACUCGCAGCACGUGCGCGCGGCGCUCGGCAUGCAGAUCUCGGGCCUUGCGCCUCUGCUCGGCAAGGAGGCCACGAUCGAGCAUCUGCUGCCGCUGUUCCUGCAGCUGCUCAAGGACGAGUUCCCGGACGUGCGUCUCAACAUUAUCUCCAAGCUGGAGCAGGUGAACGAGGUGAUCGGCAUCGACCUGCUUUCGCAGUCGCUUCUGCCGGCCAUCGUCGAGCUCGCCGAAGACAAGCAGUGGCGCGUGCGACAGGCGAUCAUCGAGUACAUCCCGCUGCUGGCCAACCAGCUGGGCGUGCAGUUCUUCGACGAGCAGCUCAGCAACCUGUGCAUGUCCUGGCUCGGCGACACGGUGUUCAGCAUCCGCGAGGCGGCCACGGUCAACCUCAAGAAGCUCACGGACGUGUUCGGUGUCGAGUGGGCGCGUCAGACGAUCAUCCCCAAGGUGCUGCAGAUGGGCACGCAUCCCAACUACCUCUACCGCAUGACGACGAUCUUUGCCAUCACCACCAUGGCGCCUUCGCUCGACACGUCGGCCAUCACGGCGGACGUGCUGGAGACGGUGCUGCCCAUGGUGACCGACCCGAUCCCCAACAUCCGCUUCAACGUGGCCAAGGCGUUCGAGGUGCUUUCGACCGUGCUCAUCAAGACACCCGAGGGCAAGGAGGUGGUCAAGGCCAAGAUCACGCCGGCGUUGGAGAAGCUGCAGGAGGACUCGGACGCCGAUGUGCGCUUCUUUGCUCAGAAGGCCUUGGAGGCUGCCAACCAGCAAGCAUGA